AUGAAGGGCAAGGAGCGUUCGCCGGCCAAAGCCAAGCGUUCGCGGGGCGGCGGGGGCGGCGAGGACUCUGCGUCCUCCUCCUCGUCGGCGCGGGGUGAGCGGAGCAGCAAGAAGCCGAGCGGCUCCGGCGGCUCCAACGGCAGCGGCGGGAAAGCGGCGGCAGCGGCGGCCUCCAACGAGAGCAACAGCGGGAGCAGCCGGCGCGGCCCGCACCCGGACAAGGCCGGCCGCGCCGGCAGCCGCGAGUACGAGGCCGGGGCAGCGGCGGCGGGCGGCGGGGGCAGCCGGCACGGCUACGGCGGCGGCAGCGGCAAAACCGCGGAGGCGUCGCGGAGCAGCAGCAGCCGCGGCGGUGGGGGUGAGUCCCGGGCACCGGCGGCGGCCCCGUCCUCCUCCUCUUCCGAGUCGGGCGGCGGCGGGGAGUACAAGACGCUGAAGAUCAGCGAGCUGGGCUCGGCGCUGAGCGACGAGGCGGUGGAGGACGGGCUCUUCCACGAGUUCAAGCGCUUCGGCGACGUGAGCGUCAAAAUCAGCCGCCUCCCGCCCGGCACCGGCGCUGCCGACGAGCGCGUGGCCUUUGUCAACUUCCGCCGGCCCGAGGACGCCCGUGCCGCCAAGCACGCCCGCGGCCGCCUCGUGCUCUACGACCGCCCGCUGAAAAUCGAGGCUGUCUACGUCGGGGGCGGCGGAGGGAGCAGCCGGCGACGCAGCAGCCGUUCCCCAGCGCUGCUGGACAAGGAGUCUCCCUACGGCACGGCAGCCGUAGGGGUGGCGGCUGCGGCGGCGGCGGCUGUGCGGCACCCCCCGGCUGGGGCGACGCAGCGGGCCUUGUCACCCGCCGGUAGCGGCGGGGCCCUGGGUUAUCGAGACUACCGGCUGCAGCAGCUCGCCCUGGGCCGCUUGCCGCCUCCGCCCCCUCUGCCCAGGGAGUUGGAGAGGGAGAGGGACUACGGGGGUUUCUACGAAGCGCGAGUGCGGCCGGCCUAUGGGCUGGAGCGGGUGGCCGGUGUGGCGGCUGCUGGGGGUUUUCGUGGAGGAGGAGGGGGUGCUGGAGCCGCCGGCGAGGAGGAGAUCAGCCCCGAGGAUGACCAGAGAGCCAACCGCACGUUGUUCCUGGGCAACCUGGACAUCACCGUGAGCGAGUCAGAUUUACGCCGAGCUUUUGACCGUUUUGGGGUCAUCACCGAGGUGGACAUCAAAAGGCCGGGGCGCGGGCAGACCAGCACGUAUGGCUUUCUUAAAUUUGAAAAUCUGGACAUGGCACACCGGGCCAAGCUGGCUAUGUCAGGAAAGGUGCUUCUGCGCAACCCCAUCAAGAUUGGGUAUGGUAAAGCCACUCCGACUACCAGGCUCUGGGUGGGUGGCCUUGGGCCCUGGGUGCCUCUCGCUGCCCUGGCCAGGGAGUUUGAUCGGUUUGGUACCAUUCGCACUAUCGAUUACCGCAAGGGUGAUUCGUGGGCGUAUAUCCAGUAUGAGAGCUUGGACGCGGCACAGGCAGCGUGCACCCACAUGCGUGGUUUUCCCUUGGGUGGGCCAGAUCGCCGGCUCCGCGUAGACUUCGCUGACACUGAGCAUCGGUACCAGCAGCCCUACCUGCAGCCUCUGCCCUUGCCACCCCCUGCUCAUUACGAGCUCGUGGCGGAGGCGGCUGCUUUUGGGGCUCACCGGGGAGCCCCACCUGAUCCUCUUCGGGGGGCCCGGGACAGGACGCCACCGUUACUCUAUAGAGAGCGUGACAGAGACCUUUAUCCCGAGACAGAGUGGGUGCCUCCCCCACCCCCUGUACGGGAUAGGAGUAAUCGGGCAGCUGCCUAUGACCCACUGGAAAGCCUAGAGCGCCGCCGGGAUGGUUGGUCCUUGGAGCGGGACCGAGGGGAGAGGGAAUUGGGCAGUAGUAGCAGGGAUCAGCCUAGGAAACGGAGGCUGGCGGAGGAUGGAGGCCGGCACUUGGACCGCUCUCCAGACAGCGAGCGCUCUUCUUCCUCCCGGAAGCGUCACUGUUUAGCCACAACCUCUCCACCGGACCGCAGCCCCGAGCUCCUCGGAGGGAGGGAGCGUUACAGUAGUGACCCCGAGCGCUCGUCCUCCCGCUUGCUCCUGUUGGAGCGGCCCUCGCCUGUCCGGGAAUCUCGCAGGGGCAGCCUGGAGCGCGGUCAGAACGAAAAGCGCGACCGCAAGAAUUCUGCCGAACGGGAGCGGAAGCAUCGCGCUUCUGCGGCAGCUGCCGCGCAGGAGUGCAAAAGUCCAGCCAAAAAGGAUGAGCGCGCUACGGAAGGAGGCGGCGGAGGCUCCCGCCUCAAGCCUCCUCCUCAGAAACAGCAGCAGGAUGGAGCGUCGCAGGCCGGGGGAGCCCCCAAGCUGUGCUUGGCUUGGCAGGGGAUGCUUCUGCUGAAGAACAGCAACUUCCCGUCCAAUAUGCAUCUGCUUCAGGGGGACCUCGGUGUUGCCAGCAGUCUCCUCGUGGAGGGAGCGACUGGUGGGAAAGUAGCUCAGCUCAAGAUCACCCAACGUCUUCGUCUGGACCAGCCCAAGCUGGACGAGGUCAAUCGUCGCAUCAAAGUGGCAGGUCCCAACGGCUACGCCAUCCUUUUGGCUGUGCCUGGCGCAUCAGACAACCGCUCCGCAGCCGGAGCUGCCGAGGCCGCCACCACCUCCACCCAGAGGCCACUCAGGAAUCUGGUGUCCUAUCUAAAGCAAAAGCAGGCUGCUGGGGUGAUCAGCCUCCCCGUGGGGGGUAACAAAGACAAGGAGAACAGCGGGGUCCUGCACGCCUUUCCGCCCUGCGAUUUCUCCCAGCAAUUCCUGGACUCCACGGCCAAGGCGCUGGCCAAAUCAGAGGACGACUAUCUGGUCAUGAUCAUUGUCCGUGGGGCGUCCUAAGGCCCUAGUGUUCUCUGUACCCAACCCUGCCUCCUACUCCACACCGCCCCUCCAGCGUGUGCCAGGUGCUAUGGGAUACAGCCUUAGCCAGCCCU